CUCAACAAGCUGAUGGCCAACCUCAAGACCACUCACCCCCACUUCGUGCGCUGCCUCGUCCCCAACGAGCGCAAGGCUCCGGGGGUGAUGGACAACCCCCUGGUCAUGCACCAGCUGCGCUGCAACGGAGUCCUGGAGGGGAUCCGCAUCUGCCGCAAAGGCUUCCCCAACCGCAUCCUCUACGGAGACUUCCGCCAGAGGUACCGCAUCCUGAACCCCGCGGCCAUCCCCGAGGGGCAGUUCAUCGACAGCCGCAAGGGCGCCGAGAAGCUGCUGGGCUCCAUCGACAUCGACCACAACCAGUACAAGUUUGGGCACACCAAGGUCUUCUUCAAGGCUGGGCUGCUGGGGCUGCUGGAGGAGAUGAGGGACGAGAGGCUGUCCCGGAUCAUCACCAGGAUCCAGGCCCAGGCCCGGGGCCAGCUGAUGCGCAUCGAGUUCAAGAAGAUCCUGGAGCGCCGGGACGCUCUGCUGGUGAUCCAGUGGAACAUCAGAGCCUUCAUGGGGGUGAAGAACUGGCCCUGGAUGAAGCUCUACUUCAAGAUCAAACCCUUGCUGAAGAGCGCCGAGACCGAGAAGGAGAUGCAGAACAUGAAGGAGGAGUUUGGGAGGCUGAAGGAGGCCCUGGAGAAGUCGGAGGCGCGGCGGAAGGAGCUGGAAGAGAAGAUGGUGUCCAUGCUGCAGGAGAAGAAUGACCUCCAGCUCCAAGUGCAGGCUGAGCAGGACAACCUGAACGACGCCGAGGAGCGCUGCGACCAGCUGAUCAAGAACAAGAUCCAGCUGGAGGCCAAGGUGAAGGAGCUGACAGAGAGGCUGGAGGAUGAGGAGGAGAUGAAUGCUGAGCUGACAGCCAAGAAGAGGAAGCUGGAGGAUGAGUGCUCAGAGCUCAAGAAGGACAUCGACGACCUCGAGCUGACCCUGGCCAAGGUGGAGAAGGAGAAACAUGCAACUGAGAACAAGGUCAAGAACCUGACAGAGGAGAUGGCUGGGCUGGAUGAGAACAUUGCCAAGCUGACCAAGGAGAAGAAGGCCCUGCAGGAAGCCCACCAGCAAACCUUGGAUGACCUGCAGGCAGAAGAGGACAAGGUCAACACCUUGACCAAGGCCAAAGUCAAGCUGGAGCAGCAGACAGACGAUCUUGAAGGCUCCCUGGAACAGGAGAAGAAGAUCAGGAUGGACCUGGAAAGGGCCAAGAGGAAGCUGGAAGGCGACUUGAAGCUGUCCCAGGAGAACAUCAUGGACCUGGAGAAUGACAAGCAGCAGCUGGAGGAGAAGCUGAAAAAGAAAGAGUUUGAGAUCCACCAGCAGAACAGCAAGAUCGAGGACGAGCAGGCCCUGGCCCUGCAGCUCCAGAAGAAGCUGAAGGAGCUGCAGGCCAGGAUCGAGGAGCUGGAGGAGGAGCUGGAGGCCGAGCGCACAGGCAGGGCCAAGGUGGAGAAGCUGCGCUCGGAGCUCUCCAGGGAGCUGGAGGAGAUCAGCGAGCGGCUGGAGGAGGCCGGCGGAGCCACCUCGGUGCAGCUGGAGCUCAACAAGAAGAGGGAGGCCGAGUUCCAGAAGAUGAGGAGGGACCUGGAGGAGGCCACCCUGCAGCACGAGGCCACCGCCGCCGCCCUGCGCAAGAAGCACGCCGACAGCGUGGCCGAGCUGGGCGAGCAGCUGGACAACCUCCAGAGGGUCAAGCAGAAGCUGGAGAAGGAGAAGAGCGAACUCAAGCUGGAGCUGGACGACCUCAGCGCCAACAUGGAGCAGCUGAUCAAGGCCAAGGUGGGGAUGGAGAAGGUCUCUCGCACCAUGGAGGACCAAGCAGCGGAGCACAGAGCCAAGCUGGAGGAGACCCAGAGAGUGCUCAACGACACCAACACCCAGCGGGCCAAGCUGCAGACUGAGAACGGGGAGCUGAGUCGCCAGCUGGAGGAGAAGGAGGCUCUCAUCUCGCAGCUCACCAGGGGCAAGCAGUCCUACACCCAGCAGAUGGAGGACCUGAAGAGGCAGCUGGAGGAGGAGAUAAAGGCCAAGAACGCCCUGGCCCACGCCCUGCAGUCUGCCCGGCACGACUGCGACCUGCUGCGGGAGCAGUACGAGGAGGAGACCGAGGCCAAGGCCGAGCUCCAGCGCUCCCUCUCCAAGGCCAACUCCGAGGUGGCUCAGUGGAGGACCAAGUACGAGACCGACGCCAUCCAGCGCACCGAGGAGCUGGAGGAGGCCAAGAAGAAGCUGGCCCAGAGGCUGCAGGAGGCCGAGGAGGCCGUGGAGGCUGUCAAUGCCAAGUGCUCCUCCCUGGAGAAGACCAAACACAGGCUGCAGAACGAGAUCGAGGACCUCAUGGCCGACGUGGAGAGGUCCAACGCUGCUGCUGCUGCCCUGGACAAGAAGCAGAGGAACUUCGACAAGGUGGUGGCUGAGUGGAAGCAGAAGUUCGAGGAGUCGCAGACGGAGCUGGAGGCCUCGCAGAAGGAGGCCAGGGGCCUCAGCACAGAGCUCUUCAAGCUGAAGAAUGCCUACGAGGAGUCCCUGGAGCACCUGGAGACCUUCAAGAGGGAGAACAAGAACCUCCAAGAGGAGAUCUCAGACCUGACUGAGCAGCUGGGUGCCAGCCACAAGACCAUCCACGAGCUGGAGAAGGUUCGCAAGCAGCUGGACGCCGAGAAGCUGGAGCUCCAAGCUGCCCUGGAGGAGGCUGAGGCCUCGCUGGAGCACGAGGAAGGGAAGAUCCUGAGGGCGCAGCUGGAGUUCAACCAGGCGAAGGCGGAGCAGGAGCGGAAGCUGGCGGAGAAGGAGGAGGAGAUGGAGCAGGCCAAGCGCAACCACCUGCGGGUGGUGGACUCCCUGCAGGCCUCGCUGGACGCCGAGACCAGGAGCCGCAACGAGGCCCUGAGGCUGAAGAAGAAGAUGGAAGGGGACCUGAACGAGAUGGAGAUCCAGCUGGGCCACGCGCACCGCGCCGCCGCCGAGGCCCAGAAGCAGCUCAAGGGCCUGCAGGGGCUGCUCAAGGACACCCAGCUGCAGCUGGACGAUGUGGUGAGGGUGAAUGAGGACCUGAAGGAGAACAUGGCCAUGGUGGAGAGGAGGAACAACCUGCUGCAGGCCGAGCUGCAGGAGCUGCGCGCGGUGGUGGAGCAGACCGAGAGGGCUCGGAAGCUGGCAGAGCAGGAGCUGAUCGAGGCCAGUGAGAGGGUCCAGCUGCUCCACUCCCAGAACACCAGCCUCAUCAACCAGAAGAAGAAGAUGGAGGCUGACAUCUCCCAGCUGCAGACAGAGGUGGAGGAGGCUGUCCAGGAGUGCAGGAACGCCGAGGAGAAGGCCAAGAAGGCCAUCACCGACGCGGCGAUGAUGGCAGAGGAGCUGAAGAAGGAGCAGGACACCAGCGCCCACCUGGAGAGGAUGAGGAAGAACAUGGAGCAGACCAUCAAGGACCUGCAGCUGCGGCUGGACGAGGCGGAGCAGCUGGCCCUCAAGGGGGGCAAGAAGCAGCUGCAGAAGCUGGAGGGCAGGGUGAGGGAGCUGGAGGCCGAGCUGGAGGCCGAGCAGAAGCGCAACGCCGAGAGCGUCAAGGGGCUGCGCAAGGCCGAGCGCAGGGUCAAGGAGCUCAGCUACCAGACGGAGGAGGACAAAAAGAACCUCCUGAGGCUGCAGGAGUUGGUGGACAAGCUGCAGAUGAAAGUCAAAGCCUACAAGCGGCAGGCGGAGGAGGCGGAGGAGCAGGCCAACACCAACCUGGCCAAGUUCCGGAAGGCUCAGCACGAGCUGGAUGAGGCCGAGGAGAGAGCUGACAUCGCCGAGUCCCAGGUCAACAAACUGCGAGCCAGGAGCAGAGACAUCGGCGCCAAGAAGCUUCACGAUGAAGAAUGA